AUGGCCUCAGACGUGCCCCCGCCCGUGUACGAUGUCCUCGACGCCAAUCAGCCAUCCUCCAAUCAGCCGCCGCCGCUGACAGAUUCGGGUCCACAGAUCCUCAUCAUUCCUUCAGCCGACACCAUAAACUUCCAAAAGGGUUUUCUGGGUGCCGAUGGUGAGAGAGCUGCGGUCGAAGGUGAGCUUCAGAUAAAGGGUGCUGAACCGUUUGCUUGGGAGAAGCUAUCUGUGUCCUUGAGCAGUAAUGAGACAGCCUACGGCCGGAAUAUUGAGCUUGGAUUCUCGGAGGUCGUGCUGUACUCGUAUUCGCGCUCGAAUCCGACGCCGUUGCCAUCAAGCUUCCUCUUCGCCAUCCCCUUAACGCCAGAUACGCCUCAGUCGAUCCGUACAUCACAUUCCUCACUUGCGCACGUAUUAACGGUCGAACUAAAACCACUGGACGCUGCCGGACAGCCGAUAACCAAGUCCUUAAUUGUCCACACGAAGCGGUACUCUUCACAUGUGCACUCUUUGAAUGCGUCACCAGAACUCCAUUCCCUUGAUGAUCCCGCUCGCGUCGAAGUCGAGAUUCCUCGGUCAACCUUCAAAGUGGGCGAACCGAUCCCUGUUUAUAUCACUGUGCCACCACCACCUCGAGAUCUAAUUGUCAAUGAGGGACUCCGGCUUCGCAACGUCAUGGCAGAGCUAGUGCGGACCGUACAGGUGCGCAGAGAGGAGGGCGACGACGAUGAUUCCAACCCCGAAGUUGAUGACCCCCCAGUCGAUACAACAACUACUCGGACAACCUCGGACAACGACAAAGACCACGGAGAAGGCUCGUCCUCAAACCCCCUCAAUCUACCUUUCUUCUUUGGGUCAUCAUACCGUACGGUGAUAGGUCGCUCAGGAGCAUCUUGUCGUUUCCAUUCAUCAAGAGCAGUCCAACUGCGUUUGAUACUGCAUCAGUCGCCAUCGCGCUCUCCUGCGGAUUUCCAGAUGGACUUGCCUCCAACGGAGUCCGGCCUGCUCGAGAGCGAUGCAGAGUGUCCAGCCAUCUCCCAGACAACUGUUCUACAUUCUAUAUCAUUUCGACUGGAUAUCAACGUGUCAUUCGUGGACAUGGCUAGCAGGACGGAGCGCCUCUCCACGAUAUCAAUUCCACUCACGAUAUUACCACCUCCGGCGCGUCUGCCGGAGGUCGAGCACUCAGUUGACGAAGCUUAUCAAAAGAAGCACGAUCGACCCCCCGCUCGUACUGUUCGUGCGGACGAGGUAGACUCAGUACCCCACUAUGACACCGGCGCUGAGGCUGGACCGAGUGGUUUAUUGAGCGGUGCUCCUCCUCCCUUCGAAGAGCGCGACGCGCCUCCGCCAUUUUUCUCUUCUGCAGCAGAAGCAUCAACAUCCAAUCGACUUCCAACCUUUCAAGAAUCAGAAACAGAGAUCAUCCUACCUGACAGCGACCUUGACCACGACCAUCUCUCGAUGGCCCCAGUGAUUGUCGGAGAGGGAACUGAAUUUGGCUUUACGUCUGACCAACAAUUCGAUGGGCAUUCUGAAGGGAUGCAAAGAGUUUCAACGCCUCCUCCUUCCUUGGCUAUGGCGUCUCGAGACCCAGACCUGACCGAAAUAGCUGAUAUUCGUGAGCCCGAACACGCCAUGGAAGUACUUGGCUUGGUUCUAGAUCAACACGAAGAAAUGUCUGGUCGAGCGGACCGCCCGCCUCCCCCGCCAGCUAUGGACGAUCCGUCUGAUCCACCCCCGUCCAUAGAUUCAGAUUUCCGGUCUCCAAGCGUCGCUCGUCAAGGCUCUCCGCCUCAUCCUUCCUCUCCGCCCACGCAGCCAGGCUACAUUGCCGUAGAUAUACCGAGGCUGCAAUCCCCUCUACCUCCCCCCUUACAUGAACAGUCUCAUGGACACGCCCCUCCUCCUUAUCUAGGUGUUCCUCAAGAACAAGAACAUGUCACACGCCCGCCUCCCUAUGUAGAUUAG